CACACGCAGUGUCAUAUCAGCGCGGUAGUGUCUCAGUCAGGUGCCACAUGUUGUCCAGGUGCAUGGCUGGUCUUGUUCACUGGUGACCUUUGUGUUGCUGGAGAGCAUGAAUAGAGUGGGUCAGACCAAACAGCUCAUUAUUGUCUCCUGUGUGUCCAACACAGCGGAGAAUGGCCUCCGUCAAACUACAGCAUCAACAGGACACACACACAGUUAAACCAUACGGUCUGCCGCGCCCGCAUCCUAACUCCCUCCACAUCUCUGAAAGAUGUUUCUCUGAUUGCUGAUCGUCAUCCUUAUCUCUAAAUGGACUCUUCCAUGAAGAGGCAUAUAACGAAAGCAGCCGCCCCUCCUGACGGAGGGUACGGCUGGUUUAUCGUCCUCUCCACGUUCCUCACCUUCGGCCUGACGUUCGGCGUCAUCAAGGCCUUCGGGGUGUUCUACGUGGAAAUUCACCGUUACUUCGCCACCACGGCAACGGGCAGCUCGUGGAUCACAUCCAUCUCCGUGGCUACCAUACAUUUUGCAGCUCCGGUGGGCGCUGUGCUGAGUGCCAGGUUCGGUCACAGAGUGGUGGUGAUUGGGGGAGGGCUCCUGAGCAGCGUGGGAAUGGUGGCAGGAGCUCACGCCCGAAACCUGAUGGAACUCUACUUCACCGUCGGCUUCCUGACAGGUUUGGGUUACGCUCUAACCUGGACGCCGACGGUCACCAUGUUGGGCUGGUAUUUUGAGUGCCGGCGGCCCAUGGCUAAUGCUCUGGCCAGUGCAGGAGAGUGCAUCAUCACCUUCCUCUUGACGCCUCUCUUCCAGUUCCUCGUGGACGAAUACUCCUGGAGAGGGGCCAUGCUGGUUCUGGGGGGCCUACAGCUCAACCUGUGUGUGUGUGGAGCUUUGCUGAGGCCACUCGGCCCCCCCCAGAAGGUCCAGUCUAUAGAGGCUACAGCUGAAGAGGGGUGCGACCCAGGGCUGGAGGUCCAUCCCCGAUCCAACUCAGGCUCAGGGGAGGCUGUAAGCAACCCAUCUUCAACCAAGAGAGAAGAUGGCUCUCAGCUCAAGGACAGAAUCCUCCAAUACGUGGACUACACGCUCAUCACGAACGCGCGCUUCAUGGUCUACUCGAUGUUUGGCAUCUUCGCCGCGUUGGGUUUUUUCGCGCCGGCUCUUUUCCUGGUGCCGUACGCUCAGAGCCAGGGCGUGGAGGAGUACCAGGCCGCCGCGCUGGUGUCCAUCUCCGCGGUCCUGGACCUGACGGGCCGCCUGCUCUUCGGCUGGGUCGCCAACCUACGGUUGGUGGAAACGGUUCAGCAGCUGACGGUGACGGUGAUCGUCCUGGGCGUGGUUCUGCUCCUGUGCCCCCUGGCCACGACCUUUGCCCAGCUGGCCGCCUUCAGCGUCGUGUACGGACUGGCGUACGGUGCCACGGUGUCCAUUCACAUAACGGUGCUGGCAGAGGUAGUGGGUGUGAAAAGGUUCGGCAGUGCCCUGGGGUUCUUCAUGCUCAUACGCAGCAGCGGGGGGCUCCUCGGACCACCCAUAGCAGGGUUUUUCAUUGAUAAAAUGAGCGACUACGGAACAGGCUUCCUGAUGGCGGGCGUGGCCCUCAUAGUCUCCGCCUUGUUCCUGUUACUGCUGCACCAGAUGAACAGGCGUGGCCGGGGGGCGCAGAAGGGUGAAGAUGUGCCACCCGAUGACGAAAAGGGGACUGAUAACCUGAAGAACUGGGACUCUCCUGACCAGAAAGAAGAUGAGCGCAGUAGAGAGAGACAGGAUAAAGAACAGUGGGAGACAGAGGGGCGGGAGACAGGUGCCACAGACAGAUGACGGCUAUUUCAGUACACGUUUGGAAACCUUGAUAUCUGAACGUCACAACAUUGCAUUUUUACCAAUUUACACUGCUUUUCACAGCUACGAGACACAAGAUAUCUAUAAUUAACACACACCAAUGCACACAUGAAACUCAUCAAUUGCAAAUCUGUAAGCACAGUAUCCAUGAAGACAGGGGUCACGAUGUUGUCGUAUGUAAAUCCACAAGAACCCCUCUCACAAAUGUAGAGUUGGCCCAAGAGUCUGUUUCACACUGACGUCCAAUAGAAAUUCCUGGAUCUGUGGUACGAGGUUCCAUAGGACCAAGCUGUAUCAAUCUGCAGUCCAGUGAUAAAGAAACUACAGAUGGAAAGACUGGAACAAUGAGGGACUAGGUGGCUCAGACAGACCACAAUGUUCCUCAUCAUUCAGAAUAAACAAGAGGUGGGGACAGUGAUGUCAUAAUGGGAUUCAUGGAAACCUUUCACGAGAGCCAACAGAACAUUCCAUUUUGUUGUAUGAAGAAUCUUAGAAUUUCACUUCUGUUACCAGCUUAAUGGACCUGUUCUGUUGGAGAACAAAGACUGUACAGCCACAAAAA